UAUGGCCGACGAUUCAGACUCGGUGGCUUCCUCUGGCAUGAUGUCAGAGGAUGAGAUGUUUGCGUCGUCCAGCAGUGCCAGCGCGGGGACUUGCCAAGGGCAGCCGGAACAGCCCAGCACGUCUGGGAUGGAGGCUGAGGAGAAGCCCUCUUUCACGUGUCGGAAGAUGAAGCUGAAAGAUGAGAAAACGUGUGGCGUGUGUGGAGACAAAGCACUGGGAUACAACUUUAAUGCCAUCACAUGUGAAUCUUGUAAGGCAUUUUUCCGGAGGAAUGCGCUGAAAGAUAAGUCAAUGGUUUGCCUUUUUGACAACAAAUGUGUAGUGGACUUAAGGACCAGGCGUUUCUGUCCGGCAUGUCGCAUCAGAAAGUGCUACAGCAUUGGCAUGAAUCGAGACAUGAUUCUAGAUGAUUCUGAGAGAAGGAAACGUAUGAGCAAGGUCAUGGCUAACCGUGCCAGGAAAGGAUCAAGCACAAUGCUUACGUCUCCAAUAGCGGUUCAAAUCAAAUCUGAAGUGGAUACAACAGAUAGCGUGAUGAUCCCUCAAGAGAGUUUCCAUCACAUCACAGAGGUCACUAGACCUCCUACGCCUUAUGGAAAGCCUCAUGGCAACAGUUCGGACAUCAUCUUCAAGCAUGUUCCUAAGGAGUCACUUCCAACAGACCGCAACAUGUACCAUCAGUUGUCCUCUACAGACAAAUGUCUCCUCUCAGACAUCACAGAAGCUUAUCGCAGUACACUGGCAGCAAUGCCUGAGAUGGGUCCAUACUCCAUCGAGAAAGAGUACCAGAAAGCCUCUGAUCUCAUCAACCAUUCUGAGGUGGUGGUUCGGAAGCUCAUAAUGUUUGUGAAACAUCUAGAAGACUUCAAGCAUCUUACUCAGGAAGAUCAAAUUGCUGCUUUAAAAGCGUGUGUCAUGAACACCCUCCUUCUUCGGUCGGCCCUCUUUUAUAACAUCGAGAAAGAUGCUUGGUUAACACCGAAGGGUGAGAUCCCCACCAGCAUCUUAAAAAAUGCAACAGGAUUUGUUUCCUUGCACAAUAAUCAUGUGUACUAUUGCAGGAGAGUGAAAUCAAUGGCCCUGGAGGACCUCAACUUAUACGCCUUACUUCAGGCACUGAUCAUUUUUGAUCCAGCCGGCUUCAAUGUCACGGGUCGCGAGUUUAUCUCGUCCAUUCAAGAUCGGUACAUUAUUUUGCUAAAGCACUACCUGGAGUCUGUGUUUUCCUACGAUUAUGCCAAGGAUUACUACGUGAGCGCCCUGGACCGACUGUGUGACCUCAAAGUUCUGAGCGAGGAGCAUGCCAAGAUCUUGCUACAGGUAAACCCGGUGGACGUGGAGCCGCUCAUGUUGGAAGUUCUCAACCUCAAGUAAGCUCAGUAACACCCACCCCCCCCCCCCCUCCCCCCUCCCCUCAACUCCGGGCAGGCUUACAAGUUUGCUGCCACGACAGUUUGUGUCAGUUCUCAGAAAAAAACGUGUACACCCGUCAAGAAAGGAAUAGACAUUUGUUUUGAAUAUUGAUGCUGUGUGGUGCUGUUGACCUUGUUGUGACUCGAGAGCACACCUUUUAUUGUCUCAGGGAGAGGAGGUACCCUCCUGGAUGUGUCAUGUGCUGCUUAUUAACCACAAACACCCUGCCAUUUGUUCUGCGGGUGAUUAGAUUGAUUUGGUAACAAAGAUUUUAAAAAAUUAAUUUGUGUAUGUUUAAUCCAUAGAGUUUCCAACUUUCUCCUUUUCACCCACAACCUGGUAUCUUUGCUUUGCCAGCCAUUUUGUUAAUCAGUCUUCACUUACACUUAAUUUCAUUUAAGCUUUGUAACUUCUGUGGUUUAUAAAUGAAAUAUCGGUUGAGCCUUUUGAUAAGAUACUUAUAGGGGUCUUCUACCUGCUUCAUCACAAUAUGGUUGUUUUAGAGGCUGGACCUCUGAUUAAACACCCAUAUGUAACUGACCUGAACUUCGAAAGUUCUUCAGGCAAUAUGUUAAAGAAUGCCUUGUUUAGAGUAUGAGCUAGGGUCACCUUCUUUUUAGUGGAAUUUGUUAAGGAGUGAGAUAAUGAUCAGCUGUGAACAUUGUGUUUCAUAAAAGGCCAGUACAGAUACAAUUCUUCACACUUUCCCAUAUCUCUUGCCUGUUUUGAUAAUGUUAUUUCUAUGAUUUGAAUACCUUUUCUGGUGUGAGGAAAGCAUCUAAUAUAAUGAAAUGGUCUGUUUGACCUGACCAGUGUAAAAAAAGUGCAAAUUUUUGCCUUUUGGGAUUUCUUCUAUGCUCCUGUUGUAGUAUGCUUACAAUUUAUUACAGACUGUUUUGCUAAAAACUAACUUUCCGUUUUUUCAGAUUUUAAAAUAUUUUAGUGUUCUGUUUUUCAUUUUCCGCAUUCCUUCCAAUUGGGUUCUAAAGAAGUGGAUAGUCGCUACUGUGCACCUAGUGGGAGUGGCAUCCCUAGCUCAUAUAUACCUAUCUGUUUAGUUUAUUUUUUUUAUGUAUUGGAGAGACCUACUUUAAUUUUUUUCUUGAAAAUUAAUUUUUUCCUGUCUUGACAAAAAUGGCCUUUUAUGUCAACAAGUUAAUCUUAUUGUCUUAUGAAAGAUUAAACAACAGCAAUAUAUUUGCUUUGAAGAGCAGCUUUGAAGAUGGAUUCAGUCAUUUUCAUCUUUAUAUAAUUAAGAAAAAUAUUGUGGAUGCCUGAUAUCCUGCGUAAACAUUGGUCUCCUUUUUUUUUCUUUUGUGGCUGUUAUUUUCUAAAAAUUUCGUCUUUAAAAAGUUGGGGUUCACACUCUCCUUAAUUGUUAAAAAUUGGUGUUAGCUGAAUAGAAGUAAUGUCUGUUCACAAUGAAGCGAACGUUUUACUGCAACUCUUGUGUGUAAAGUAUUACUAUUAGUAUUAGUGGACAGCACUAAAAUUCUUGACAAUAUUUUAAAAGUUGAAACUCUAGAAUGGCUUCUUGAUCAGAUUAGAGUGUUCUCGUUUGUCUGCAAAUACCAUAUUUUUUAUAAAGGAUUUGGUAAAGCCCGGUGAGACUACUUUUGCGUCUUCUAUAGAAGCUACCACUCUUUUUUGUGUCUCUAAUGAAUAAAAGGACUGAUAUGAAUGGCUAUAGAGAUGUAGAUGGUAGGUUCUUGAAUGCCUUCUAUGUUUAUUAACUGUUUCCUUUGACUACUCCCUGAGAAGUGUAAGGAUAUUGUGCUUACUGGUCAUGUACUCCAAACUCAUUCACAGUCUUGAAAGAAAUAAAAAAUCAUAGGAAAGUUGUUUUAUCAUGUAUGGAUAUUUUAAAAAAAUGUAGUUUACAUGCUGUCCUGUAAUUUGCUGAGAAGUUUUCCAGAAAGUGACGUUCUUAGAGCUUACUCCUCUCCUUUUUGUGCUAUCAACUCUCACCCCUCACAUCUUUCCUUUUUAGACCUUUUGUUCCUCUCCCCUCUCUUUCUCUCCCUCUCAUUCUCUCCCUCUCAUUGGCUUUUCUUCUCCCAGGCUGUGUCCCUCUGCCCCCCCCCCCCCAAUUCUAUGAGCUGAUAAAAUUUAUCCACAGAUCAUUUUCUCAGGUUAUUGAGGUUUAUGAUUAUAUAAAUAUAUUCCCAGCCAUAUCUUGCAUAAUUUACUUUUGUUUGUCAAGUCUUAUUGUCAGUACUUAUUAUUGAUUUUAAAAGAAAUACUUCAGCUUCAUUUUUGAGUUGGUUACACACAGAGACUCAUUCGGUCUGUUAAGUAGUAAUUAUUUUAUUCUUUACCUAUUUAUGUUGACAGAGGAUGAGGAACUGCUCUUGAAUGAGGUUCUUUUCAGACGCUUUGUUUUUAAGAUGAAUCCUAAUUUAAUUUUAGUUUGCUAGUGGAAAUUUGUUUCAUGGUGAAAUACCCUUGCUACUGUAAUUAAAAUCUGUUUAUUUUACAAAGUUUUUGUUUUGCUAAAUGCUCACUACUUUAAACACCUGGAUGAACAGUUUUCUAUUGAUAUUGUGCAGUAUAAACCUGUGACGUAAGUUUGAAAGAACUGUCCCUUUUUCUGCUACUUUUUGGUGUUGAUAUUCUAAUGGUUAAACUCCUAGAGACUAUAAUUGUUUUUCGUCUUUGAAUCUUAGCAGAGGCCAAUGUUUUACCGGUAUCCUUAAUAAAGAUACUUUUGACAAAUUUCUCACCUCAACCAGGCAUGAAUAGCUUCCAGAGUGAGACAAUAAAAAGAUCUUAUUAUCAGUAUAUUAGUGUUCAAGCGACUGUAAAAUGGCAGCUUGCACGGAAUGCUUCUGAAGAAUCUUUUUCUGGGUUGUGAGCGGCUUGGCAUUUUAGAGAUACUACAAUUUGCAGAUGGGACAGUUCUCUUGAUGUGAAAUUGUCUCUUUUUUUUGUAUGUAGGUGCAUGUGCUGUCAGGUGAUAAGACUCCAUUUUGCACUCUGUCUACUGUACAGUGUUAUCUUUAUUUCUGUUUUCCACAGCAGGUUCAGGCUUGCAAUAGAAUGUUGAUCAGUUCUGCUCAAUCUGUUGUACAUUCAUUUGAUAUGAACUUCCUCUUGAAUGCUGCUCCAGUGAUUGCCAAAUCAGUCUGGUGUUUACCAUGCACUGCACAGUUCACUGUAUGAGGCGUACAUGAUAUCUGUCCAGCCCACAAAGAUAUAUCUUUAUAUAAGUGCCAUUUAAAUUUGUUUUAUAAUGUGAACCAUGAGUAUGUGUCUUGUCUAGUACAGCGAGAAAGCACAGUCCCUGUUUUUGGUGUUAAAAUUUCUGAUUUGUUGAAGGUGAAAAAAAAGUUGAAAUCAUAUCUGUAGAAUCACAUGUUGUAAUGUGUAAAUUUGAGAUUUUUAUUCUUCUGUGAAAACUUUUGACUUUUCAUCGAUAAUGUGCUGUUGCUGUCAAAUAAUGAAAAGUAUGUUGUAUUUAUUUACCCUUUCGCUUUCAUUUUAUGGCUUGUUAUAAGAGAGGAUCACAAGGAAAUAAUUCUGUUUAAACUACAUUAAUUGUUGAGCUCACAAGCUGAACGAAAAAACAUUUAUACAACAAAUACAGUGAUGAGAAGAUAAUCUUGUUACUGCCUGUUGUGUUCUCCUGUACUUGUAUCUACUACAUGUAGUUGAAUUGACAACAUUGACAGAAUUGUAUUCUGCACCGGUUGCAUUGUAUUAUAAUAAUACAGAAAAGGCUGAAGCAGUUUCUAUUGUUAAAAAGAAAGUUCCGAAUCUAGAUGCUCUGUGUCUUUUAUGUAUUUUUUUCGUUAAAGAAAUGUUGGGUUUCAGUUGAUAUGAACUGAAACAUUUGCAUUGAUUCUGGCUAAGGAAUUUUGACCUUUUACCGGAGUAUGAGAGAGAGGUAUUAAGAAGGCAUUGAUUGAACCAUCAUUUGUGUUUGUGUCAGGACGCUAGAAAACAUAUUAGUUUAAUUGAUAAAAAUGAAGAAAAUGAUUUCAAAUCAUUAGAUUUUUCCCCCUUUUGCCUGCUGGGAACAAAGGGUCACAAACUUACAAAGUUCACUGUGCAAUGUAUCUAUUUGUGGGGGGAAAAAAGCUCAACUGUAGAGAAGGACACUUUGUAGGAAAAGUGCUCCGUAAUUAUUUGUUUGAUACUAUGCUUAUGGGUUGGGGUUGGUACGACAUUGUGAGUUUGACAGCCUGCGAAAGAGGAAAAUACCACAGAUGAAAACAUUCUUUUACGGUGCAGCUGGCUAAGAUAUAGGUCUAUUUUUGUAAUAAUCAUAUUAUGGUAAUUUUAACAGCCAAGAUGAAAAUUCACAGAUGUAUAGCACCAUGCUCAAUUUACUAACUCAUGGGAUUUGAAAGAAGAUAAAAAGGAGGUUUUAAACAGUAAAAGGUCUUUGAUCAGAACUUUUUUUUUCAGCCUUGUAUUAAGUCACCAGUGUGUACAUGCUCUUACGUGCGGUUCAUGUGGAGUGGGCUUGUCCCCUCAGGUUUUGGAACAAAUAGAUGGGGCCUGACCUCGUUUUCUCACCUUCAAAGUGAGUGUCAUAUGGCCAGCUGUUGUUUUGUUUGGGAGCAUUGGGCGCCUGACUUUGUGCUAUAUCUGUUCAUCUUUCUUAACUUUGCUAUUUAGCAAUCUUUGCUGAUCUAGUUUUUUUUAACAUUACUUGUUUGCCCUGGACUUUACAUGUAUUCAUACAAUUGAUACAAAGGGACAGAAAUGAAUGACAAAAUUUUGGCAGCAUUGGUAUGGCUGAGUUGAUGACACGUUGCUUCUCUUCAACUUUGUUCUCUUUGAUUUCCAUCUUCUUUUCUCAUUUGCAGUCAAGAUAAAUGGGAUGUGAUGUUGUACAGUAAUCACCGUGCCCUGCAUCUAGCUGUAUACUGCUUCCACCUGGGCCUGGUGCGUGCUAGCAAAUGAAAUCCAAUCUUGUUCGGUUAAACGUCUAUCAUGUCUAACCAGUGCACCAGUCUCUUUGGAAUUUUCACAUUUCGCCGAGAGAAAAUUGUUAUUUAAAUAAUUUCAGCAUAGUAAGAAUUAUUACAAUAUAGCUAGCAGACUAGUUGAAAAGAGGUUAGGAAUUUUAAAAGUGUAAGCUAUCAGUUAUUUUGUGAAAUGGAUAAGCGGUCUGGACAAGUUUUUGUAACAGAUAUAGCUUUACCAGUAUUCUCAUAACAAGGUGGGUAGAACAGCAACUGUUCUACAAGUAUUCUCGCUGGUUCGGGGCCAGAAGUUAAGGCAGUGAAUCUGACAUAAUCUUCAGAACAUAGACAGUAGAACCAGUCAAAUGAUCUUCGCAAUGUUUCUUUCAAACUUUGUAACAAUACCCUAUUCCUUCUCUGUACAGCUUCAGAGUGCCCCACUCACCCUUUCUGUAAAUCCCCCCCCCCCAAAAUAAAGCAUCCUUCAUCCUGGACAUGAAGUACACACUGUAACAGAUUGGUUACUUUCCCCUCUGAGUUCCAUACUGUUACUUCUAUUUACUUGUACGUAUUACUUCCAUAAGUGAUUCAAAAUUGGUUACAUUUGUAUGCUUUUUUUUUUCUUCAUUCGUUUCCAAAAAUGACUUGACACUAUGCCCCCUCAGGACGCCGAUCGGUGACAGUAAGAAGCCAUCCCUUUUCCCCUGUAUCUUGGUCCGUGGGGAUAUGUGUUGCGCGCUGUACACGUUUCGUGGGUGAAAAGUGUUAACAAGAACGGCAGCGUUAAGAUUUAUGAAUGUGUAUAAUGAAGUAUGAUUCCAAUAUGUAAGAACUAGCGUAGUUAUUCUUAAAUUGUAGUACAUAAAAUUCAGAAAUUUUUUCCAUAUUUUAUUUCAAAUGUUUCUAUCAUGUAUAUUUACAUUUAAUCGGUGUGCUUGUUUUGGAAUUUACAUUGAUGUACCCUUUCUUUAUGCCUGUGUGGCUGGUGGUCAAUGCUUCUUUUCAGUUCUAAUCAUGAAAGUACAUUUGCUUGGCCAUUUCAUUCUUUGCAGAGCAUAUUGGUUUAGUGAACUUAUGUUCAAACAAGUACUUUCUGUGAUAUUAUGAGAGUUUCUGUGAAGCAGAAUGCUUAUCCUGUUUUGUUAAUUUUGUGAAACUUAAAAAGACCCUGCCACCAUUUGGAAACUGGCAAUUACUUGAUGUUCCUGAUGCCUUCUUUAGGCCCAGGCUAAAUACUUAUAUAUGACACUGGUGAAAAAUUGUAUUUUUGUUUGUUAAAUAAAAGUGAAUGUUUAAGACUGCUUUGCCUGCACAAAUUGAUUAGUUAUUUUGUUUUCAUAGAAUGAUAUUGAAGAAUUAGGUGAACAUGUGCAUUCUCCCAUGAAAUUUUAUAAAGAAAUUAUUCCCUGUAAGAAAAAAAUGUAAUGGUUUUUUAAAUGUAGGAGCUGUGGAUCACUAUGACAUUUAAAAAAACAUCCGGGCCUGCCAAAUGGAAAGAAACCUUUUAUAAAAAAGGCAAAGUAAUGAAGUUAAUGGUACAAAAGUAAAUUAGAAAGAGAGUAAAAGCAUAUUUUGAUUUUUGUGCUGAAAUUUGCAAAAUGGAAAGGUCCCUUUUUUUGAUAAAACAGUGUGCUGCUUAUAAAUCGUAAAGAGAAAGGAGACUUAUCCUGUCUGUGGCUUAUCCAAGAUAAAGCCUGUUGUCCCCACAGGAUAAUGCCACAUCUUUUUAGAAAGAUGCUCACCAGAGCUACUGAAGAUAUUAUUUUCAUAUAAAAGACUAUUGUCUUUAAUAUUAUCAAUCAUGUUUUUUCAAGUGUCCUCACAUUUUGUGCAACCAACUGCCUGGCAUGGAAAAAUAGGAAAAAAAUAAGAAUUUGAAGUCAGUAGAAUUUUGAUUUUAAAAAAGGCAUCUAGGUGUAGAGGGUAAGGUUUCACCGGAAAUAAUCUCAACAAUAUAUAUAUUGGGAAAACAAUGUCACAUGAUAAUUCCGGAGAAACUAACUGACUUCAUGCACUCUCUUUUCCAGCACAUAUUUUCAGGGCAUUGCAGGCGGUCAAAUCUAUCCUAAAACAAAUAGAGAGAUAUUCCUGAAAUCAUUUUUGCCUACAAUAAUACAAGUUUUAUCAUUUUUACCGUAAGAAAGAAUGUUCACUUUUAUAUUUCAUUAAUCAAAUGUAAUAUUUUGCUGUGGUUGCCUGUACAAUUACCAUGUUAUGUGUUUAGCAGCAAGGGGAGAAAUGAGUGAGAGAGGGAUAAAUAGAAUAAAAGAUAACGGAAGAGAAUGUAAGGUGUUAAUGUGAUGCUAUGUAUUUGUGUGUGUGUGUGUUUGUGUGAGUGUGUUUGUGUGUGUGUGUGUGUGCUUGUUUGUAUGUGUGUGUGUGUGAAAGAAGAAAAAUACACUGUUAUUAACUUUCAGUUAUUAUGGAUUAAUAAAGCACAUCUUAUUUUUU